UUUUUUAAAAUCAGAUUUCACCCUUUUUUUUCUCUCUCUCAGAAAUAUCUGUUCCAACCACUCUUCAACCAAUGGGAGAGCCGCACCUGAAUGGGGCCUACUACGGCCCCUCCAUUCCUCCGCCGUCGAAAUCGUCGAAAAAAUACUACCGCCCUGGCCGCGACGGAGGUGGAUGUUGCUGUAACCCCUUCUCCUGCUGCUGCGGCUGCCUCAUGAACUGCCUCUGCACCUGCAUCUGCCAGAUCCUCUUCACCAUCCUCAUCAUCGUCGGAAUCGUCGUCCUCGUGUUCUGGCUGGUUUUCCGCCCCAACACCGUCAAAUUCCAUGUCAACGAGGCCUCGCUCACCGAGUUCAACAUCCGCAACAACACCCUCCACUACAAUCUGGCGCUGAAUCUGACGAUUCGCAACCCGAACAAGCGAAUCGGCAUCUACUACGACCGGAUCGAGGCUAGGGCUUUCUACCAAGGCCAGCGAUUCCACACCGUCGACCUGCAGAAGUUCUAUCAGGGGAAGAAAAACACCAGCAAUGUCAGCGCCGAGUUCAAAGGAUCGCAAUUGGUGCCGCUCGGAGCCAAAGAGAUGUCGAAAUACAACGAAGAUCUGAGCGCCGGCAGGUACGACAUCGACAUCAAGCUGUAUCUGCGGAUCAGACUCAAGUUUUGGUUUGUGAAAUCCACCAGAGUGAAGCCGAAGAUCGAUUGCGAUCUGGACAUUCCGUUGAGUUCAAACGGGACGGUCUCAGGGGGGGCUUACGAGCCCACGAGGUGCGAUUUCGAUUGGCGUUGAGCGUCUUUUCAUUGUUUCAUGAUUACUUCAUCUUAUUGUUAGUGCUAUUAUUCUUUCUUUUUUUUUAUCGACUUUUGAUACACAUUAUUCUCGUUUUGAUUUUUGUUGGUAUCUUCUCAGUACUGGUUUGUGAAUAAAUAAAGAAUUUAUUAUCCA